UGUUAGUGGCGGUCGGGCAGCAGAGAACAUGGAGGUCUAGUCACCGUCUGAUGUUCGUAAGAAGUGAGCUUUUAUCUUCUUCGUUCCACUUAGUUUGUCUUCUGCUCGUUGGACUUCAUCAUGGAGAUGAAGAAGAGGAUCAGCUCGGAGCUGAGGAACAGAAGUCCCGCCGAGGUGGUGGAGCUGGUGGUGGACACCUGUCAGUCUGCUGAUGGAGAAGUUGAAGGUCUGACAGAGGAGUUCACGGAGCUGGAGAUCCUCAGCAUGGUGAACGUUGGCCUCACCUCUCUGUCCAAGAUGCCCUCGCUGCCCAAACUCAGAAAGCUGGAGCUGAGUGAUAACUCCAUCUCAGCUGGUUUGGACACGCUGGUGGAGAAAUGUCCCAACCUGACCUACCUGAACCUGAGCGGGAACAAGAUCAAAGAGCUGAGCUCCAUCCAGCCGCUGCAGAACCUAAAGAACCUGAAGAGUCUGGACCUGUACAGCUGUGACGUCUCGUCUCUGGAGGACUACAGGGACGGUGUCUUCAAGCUGCUGCCUCAGCUCACCUUUCUGGACGGGUACGACCAGGAGGACAACGAGGUCCCAGACUCCGAGGACGACGAGGACGGCGCUGCUGUUCAGGGCGAGAAGAGGAAGAGGGACGCCGAAGAUGAAGGAGACGAUGACGAUGAUGAGUAAAGGACCCGCCCAUACCUUCUAACCCCGCCCCCUGAACUGGGCGUGGCCUUGGAGUCGCAGACAGGAAGUAUCAGACUUGGAUCCAGGUGGGCCCAAAGGUGCCGUUCAGCCUCUGACACCUGGUCGUCAUCGUCAAACAAACAAACACACAAACAAACACACAAACAAACAUCACA